GUCCGCAGCCCGGUCGGCGCGGUAACCGGUCCCCGGGGGCGCUCCUCCGGGUGCAGGGGCAGGGUCGGUGACGUGGGAAGCACCUACUGUCUGGACCAACACCUCAUCCUACAACAGGCAGGAAAAAACCCAGAAGAUGGGACUGCAGCCCAGACAUCACUGCCGAGUAACCGUUGUAGAGAUCUAGGAAGUGGUCCCCGGGGCCAGGCUGUGCAGCUGAGGGGCGCUGGCCAAGCCGUCUUUGAUAAAACGGAAGGCCCAGCAAUAGGAAGAAGCCAGCAUGACAUUGUUCUUCUGAUUGUCCUUAGAGACCAGAUUUAUACCCUUCUGCUUGACUUGAGCCUCUAAAAUGCAGGACUCCAGCUCCAGGUCUGUGCACCUAAGUGACUGGCAGAAGAAUUACUUUGUGCUUACAUCUGGCAUGUGUACACCAGGACAGAAGGCAGAUGCCUACCGAGCACAGAUACUCCGCAUUCAGUAUGCAUGGGCAAACUCUGAUAUCUCCCAGGUCUGUGCUGCUACACUCUUCAGGAAAUACGCAGAGAAAUAUUCUGCAGUUAUCGAUUCUGACAAUGUUGAAACUGGCUUGAAUAACUAUGCAGAAAGCAUUUUAACUCUUGCAAGAUCUCAGCAAACGGACAGUGACAAAUGGAAGUCUGGAUUGUCAAUAAAUAAUGUGUUCAAACUGAGCAAUGUGCAAGAGAUGAUGCGUGCUGGCAAGAAAUCCAAAGACUCUCUGUUGGCACCUGCUGAUGCAUCACUGGUCAUCCACAAAGAGGCCACUGUCUCCGACCUUCCUACAUUUAGCGUUUGUGGUGGUUCUGGGGAGAGCGACCUGUUGACUAACUCAGCCCAUGGUGCUGACAGGACUCAAGAGUUUCCGCACGGUGGUCCUUUGAAGUGCCCUCAGAGUGCCCAGCUGCCUCUAGUCACUAACACCACUAAGACGUGUCCUGUAGCCUCAGCGCCUUUUGGUGAGUCAGCCCCUGCAAAGUUCCAUGCCAGACCAUUGUUUGGGAAUGUCAAAAAGGAAAAUAACAGCUUUCUCAAAGGCAACAUAGGACCAAAUGUGUUCUCAUCUAAUCAGCCUUGUUUUCCUUCCUUCUGUGAAAAUGCACGGGACAGAAAAGCUUUUUAUGGUGCUGGCACCAGCGAUGCACUUUCCACCCCAGCACUGAAUAAGGCUUGUAGUAAAACAGAAGAUAAUGGCCAAAGAGGGGAGAGCAGCCUGCCUGCUUUUAAAACUGCAAAGGAACAGUUAUGGGUAGAUCAGCAGAAAAAGUACCACCAGCCCCAGCGUGCAUCAGGGUCUUCAUAUGGCGGAGUGAAAAAGUCUCUGGGGGCUGGUAGAUCUCGAGGGAUAUUUGGAAAGUUUGUUCCUCCUUUACCUAAGCAAGAUGGGGGAGAUCCGGGUGGGGGGAUGCAGUAUAAGCCUCAGGGUGCAGGUGCUGCAGACCCAGCACAUCCCAUGGACGAGCGUCUGAAGAACUUGGAGCCCAGAAUGAUUGAACUUAUUAUGAAUGAGAUUAUGGAUCAGGGACCUCCGGUAAAUUGGGAAGAUAUUGCAGGCGUGGAAUUUGCCAAGGCCACGAUAAAGGAGAUCGUUGUGUGGCCCAUGUUGCGGCCAGACAUCUUCACUGGCCUACGAGGACCCCCUAAAGGCAUUCUGCUCUUUGGUCCUCCUGGCACUGGUAAGACUCUGAUUGGCAAGUGCAUUGCUAGUCAGGCUGGGGCAACAUUUUUCAGUAUCUCUGCUUCCUCCUUGACUUCCAAGUGGGUGGGUGAGGGGGAGAAAAUGGUCCGUGCAUUGUUUGCUGUAGCAAGAUGUCAGCAACCAGCUGUGAUAUUUAUUGAUGAAAUUGAUUCCCUGUUAUCUCAACGUGGAGAUGGUGAGCAUGAAUCUUCUAGAAGGAUAAAAACCGAAUUUCUAGUUCAGUUAGAUGGGGCAGCCACAUCUUCUGAGGACCGUAUUCUAGUGGUGGGAGCGACCAACCGGCCACAAGAAAUUGAUGAGGCUGCUCGGAGAAGGCUGGUGAAAAGGCUGUAUAUUCCCCUCCCAGAAGCUUCAGCCAGAAAACAGAUAGUAGUUAAUCUGAUGUCUAAGGAGCAGUGCUGCCUCAGUGAGGAGGAGCUCGCGCUGGUGGUGCAGCAUUCUGACGGGUUCUCCGGGGCAGACAUGACUCAGCUGUGCCGGGAGGCGUCUCUGGGUCCUAUUCGCAGUUUGCAGGCUGCUGACAUUGCCACCAUAACACCUGAUCAAGUUCGCCCAAUAACUUACAGCGACUUUGAAAAUGCUUUCAAAACUGUGCGACCUAGUGUAUCUCCGGAAGAUUUAGAGCUUUAUGAAAACUGGAACAGGACUUUUGGUUGUGGAAAAUAAAUGGGACACUUAGGAUGGCAUCUUUGUAGUCUUGUCUUUCCACUUUUUAUUAUAGCAAGGAAAUUAAUGAAUUGUUUGUGAAAUGUAUAUUCUGAAUCUGUACCUCAAAAUAAAAUAGAAUAACUAUAUGUUAACUUUUACAAUUGAUUGACUUAGACUAUAUUAAUAUAAGCUCAAUUUUCAUUCCAGUUGUUUCCUGAUAUUUAAGCCUAUACAUACAAGAUAGGAAUGCACUUUUUUUGUUUUGUUGCUGAGAGGUCUUUUCAGGGUGUAUACUGUGAUGAAUAGUAAGCUCAAACAGAAACUUUUAAAAAAUUGUGAUUUGUGCAUGAGGAUGUAUCUGACUUACAUGCAUGUUUUAUUGAAGAAAGUUUCUUGUGAGGAUCACAUGCUUAGUGUUGGCUAGUAUAGUGGUUUACAUUAGAAACUGAGUGUUGUUUACUGUUGUUUAGUGAUCUCAACCAAAGCUAUAGUAAAAGUGCCAGUUUUUACUUUGUUCUGGCAUGUAACCUCUUAUGGUUUCCUUCCUUUAUCAAGACUGAACAUGUUCAGAAAUAGGUGAAUGUAGUAUCAGAGGCAUCCACAGAAGAGAAAGGGGAAGAAUGGGUUUUUCCAGGGGGUAGGUGAUGUUUGCAAUUAAUAUUUUAUUUGACACUACUUUAUAGCCUGUAGGGUUGGUC